AUGGGUAGGUUGUGGAGAUGGAGCAUGCUUUUGAUAUUCAGAGAAUGGAACUCAAGAUCAGAGGCCAAUGCUGCAACAUUUCUAAAAACUGAAGUUCUUGAUCGUAUUCUUUCCAACAAAAGAAUGCCUCAGAACUCACCAAAUUCUUCUCCAAAAUCUAGAUGGUCUCCAAUAGGUGACACAUCAAUUGAAGAAACAUACUCUUCAAGACCAUCUUCAGUUUGCAGAACUUCAGUUGUAAGUGACAAAACAAUAAACUUCACAAGUGAGUAUAACUUUGAGACACCAAGAACCAUCUUACAAACGCCAAUCUACCCUGGAAACUCCACACCGGAUAUAAGGCAAACGAUACAGAAUGCAUCUCCUGGAACUGCAAAAAGUAUCGCGUUUAACAUGUAUCAGAGCUUGAAGCAGCAUGGAUUGAGAGAUGAAAUUGGUAGAGCAUUCACGAGAGACAGGUCAGAGAAUGAAGAGAUCAGGUCAGCUGAGGAAGACAGCAGGAGGGGUGAAGAGCUCUUGGGGAUGGAAUACAUAUUGAGAGAUGGAUUUGUCAGUUAUCUUCGAGAUGUGGCGAAGAUUACUCCUCCCAUUCCUCAAGAGGUAAUCAGAUUUUCCGGCAUAAGCUAUGCAAAGAAGUUUGAGAUACCCAGCAACAAAUACGAAACAUUUGGAAAUAAAGUGGUGGGAUGGUUUACAGGGCCCUUUAAGAAAAUAUUCCAGUGUAAGAAUUCUACCUGGAUUGAUAUUUUGAAGGGGGUAGAUGGUUAUAUCAUGCCUGGUUCAAUGACCCUUCUACUUGGGCCUCCAGGUUGUGGCAAGAGCACUCUUUUAGAAAUACUUGCUGGAAGAGCUAAAGGAGACAAGAAUUCUCACCUGCAAGGAGUGGUUAUGUACAACGAUAAAUAUGCAUCUGAGGUUCAUCUAAGCAGACUUGUUGCCUAUGUCAGUGGCCAGCUCAACAAACAUAUUCCAUUUUUAUCUGUUCGAGAGACACUAGAGUUUGCAAGGGAUUGCAGCCAAACACUUCGUCCAGAGAACUUCACUCCUCAAAUGAGAAAAUUCUUUGCCCAUGCACUUGUAGAGGGACAAGAUCCAUUCUUAGAGUACAUAUUGGAGAUUCUGAACUUGAAGAACAUUGAACACAAACUUACUGGAGAAGCAAUUUCAGAUACUGAUCGCCAGAAGCUCACAACAGCGGAAUUAGCAUUGGGGACUUAUGCUGUCAUGCUUUAUGACCAGCCACUUUCAGGGUCUGAUCUUGCAGCCACUUAUGACCUGGCGGACACAAUAAGAACAGUAUGCAGAAUUCAACAAUCUUCUGCGAUCAUGUCACUAACGCACUUAUCACAAGAAAUAUUUGAUCUCUUCGACAGAAUCAUACUUCUAGGCGAUGGUCAUGUGGUGUUCCAAGGACCUCGACAAGAUGCAGUUCCCUAUUUCAAUAAACUUGGAUAUGAGAAGCCAUUGCAUGUGGAAUCAGCUGAGUUCCUGGAAGAUAUAGUGGCAGGAUAUGGUUCCCGAUAUAUAGCACCAGAAGCGACUCCUUUGUCAAUAGAUCAGUUGGUUGGGAACUAUAGGAAUUCGGAUCACUACAAAGACAUUAUAAGAAUUGUCACCAAGGACAAAGUGAAGCACACUUACUGGAUCGAGACUGAGCCCGGGCUUGGCCUGUCUCUGAAAACACCAUCCACGUACAGUUCCUUGGUUGAUGCCAAGCCAAGAAAGUUGACAGAAUUGGUAGUUAGCAAGAUUUCUAGCAAAGUUGGUCAGUCAGGAGGAAUUGAGAGCACAGGCAGAGUUCAAAUUGGAGAUAUCGUUACAGCAUUGUCUGUAAACGGUGAAGAAUCGACAUAUCUGGCAUUGGGGCCACAAAGACACCAGCAUGAGCAUGCCUCUCAUGCAUAUUCUACAUUGAAGAAGGCUGUGGGGCAUAUACGUAUUCAAGUGGAACGUUAUGAGACAAAGGAGGAAAGUUAUCAACCCCAAUGGGAGAAAUCCCAAACGCCAUUUACACAAACAUGGUUGAAAUCUACAAAAACACUCAUCGGCAGGCAAAUUAAGAUCACCAAACGCCUCCAAAUUUUACUCAUGUUAAGGCUAUUCCAGGCAAUGAUACUUGGCUUGUUUACUGGGACUCUGUUCUACAAGCUCGGAGGGCAAUAUGACCAACAGAAAAUGAACUCUGUGAGGGCCUUGGGGUUUGUGUCGACAAUGAGCAUAAUGCUCAUAAACUUGGCAGCAUCUUAUACAUUCUCCAUGUAUUUUCUGGUCGGGCUAUCAUUUUCAGGGAAGGGAACAGCUUUGGUUGAAUAUCUGCUUCUCUUAUUCCUGGUGGCAUACUUUGGUUCAUCAGUUUUUUUCUUUCUAAGUGCCGUAUCUUCAAUUCCAGAGACUGGGAAUGCUUUAGCAGGUCUUCUGGUCUCAAUCUUCAUCUUAUUCAGUGGCUUUGUAAUCUACCCAUCCAAUAUUCCUACCUACUGGAAAUGGCUAACAUAUAUAAAUCCAAUCCGCUGGGCCAAUAUUUCAUAUUGCCGAUCCCAGUUCCAGUAUUAUGAUGAUCCAUGCUCCAACUAUAAAGGUCAAUUUCCUUUCUGUGAUCAAUUCCCAUCAAAUACAGUUGGGAAGGCCUAUUUGCUUUAUUAUGAGCUUUUAAAUGACAACUUUGGACCAUGGUUUCCAUAUGCUGUCCUAAUAGGAUGGACAGCAGUUAUGACCAUAUUAGCAUUAUGUGGUUUGAAAACCCUAGAGUUCAAAGGAUUAAACCAGUCGCUGCCACAUCUCAAGAGGAGUUCUGUGGUAAGCAACUUUAGGAAAGACAAAGCGAGAGAAUUGUCAUCAAGUGGCAGUGCAAGUGACCAAGACUUAUAUCCCACCAUGGACACCAGACCAAAUAUACUGCCACCUGGUGUUAAAGUGACAGAUGACCGUGGAGUUGAGAGAUGGAUUGAGGAUAUUGCCAUUGAUAUGGAGAGAAGAGAAUUGGGAAUUCCAGUAGAGCCUGUGUCCUUCAUGUUUGAAGAUCUAUCUUUCACAAGGUAUCUUAACAAACUAAACUUCUGGCUAGCAUGA